AUGCAUGAGGGGGAAGCGAAGGAACUGAUGGAAAGGAUCAAGAAAGCGGCCCCUGGACUUAUAGGGGUGAACAGAAUGGGAAAUGGUGCUCGUGAUAAUCCAUGGCCUCAGUGGCCUCGCAUCUACCGUGUUGACUAUGGUCACACUGAGGUCAAAACACAUAUGGGCAAGGACCCUCGAAUCGAACACACUUGUAACGACCUCAGGGAUCUAUGGAAACUCGCUAAAUGGGCAAGAGCUGAUAGCUAUCGCCCACGCGAUUCCCCUAAGUUCACACCGCUGGCAACCCAGGGCGUCACAGCACACAUCUUUGACGACCAGGUUAAGGUGCUUAAAGCCGCCUUCUUCCCGCCUCUACCGGAGGCACUGCUCAAUGAUAUCGAAGACGCGGUGUACCCGCAGGCACAUUACUGCCCUACAGCCAUCACUGAAGAGGAGGUACGGAAUGCUAUUCAGCGCAUAGGGGCGGACAGAGCCCCGGGCCCUGAUGGGAUCCCUAACAGGAUCCUUUAG